CACCAAUCAUUACUCACUAUGUGGCAUUACAAUUUGUACGAACCAACACAAAAAAGAAACAAACCACUGGUUUCCGUUUCCGUUUCCUUUUCUUCCCAAACCAAACUUUACACACUCCCCACAAUCUUAAUUCUUUACAACAUUCAAAUCACUUUUUAGGGUUAAUACUAAUACUAAUUAAUUUCAUUCUUUAUUCCCAAUCUCAUAACUCAAAAAGUUUUGAUCUUUCCUUUCAAAUCAUCGUUAUCAAGAUUUGAUUUUCGUCAAUCAAAAUCAAUCUUUUCAUCUUCUUCAACCUCGCUCGCAUUAACCCAGAUUUUUCUGCAUAAAUCUAUUCAGGGUUUCAUUGUAGGGAGUUAGAUAUCUUCCUUUGGUUUUUUUGAGUGUGGAGGAAAACCAGAAAUUUUGGAGGUGGGAACUGUGAUGCAAUAUUAUUUACUCAGAUGAAGUCGGAAAAAGGUUGGCGUUUAGGAAACAUGGGUGAUAUGCAGAUAUUGCCCGGGUCUCGGCACCGUCCUCCCAUCAGGAAGCCAACGUGGAUUAUUGUCUUGGUGUUACUUGUAUGCGUGUUUCUAAUCUGUGCUUAUAUGUAUCCACCGCAAAGUAGUUCCGCCUGUUACAUCUUCUCUUCUAGAGGAUGCAAGCAUUUUGCGGAUUGGCUUCCACCUGUUCCAGCAAGAGAGUACACUGAUGAUGAGAUUGCAUCGCGUGUUGUGAUUAAGGAUAUUUUGAGCUCACCGCCGGUUGUUUCUAGAAAAUCGAAGAUUGCCUUCAUGUUUUUGUCACCUGGCUCUUUGCCACUUGAAAGAUUGUGGGACAGCUUUUUCCAAGGUCAUGAAGGGAAGUUCUCUGUUUAUGUGCAUGCAUCUAAGCAUAAACCAUUUCAUGUGAGCCGUUAUUUUGUCAAUCGGGAUAUACGCAGUGACCAGGUGAUUUGGGGAAAAAUUUCAAUGGUUGAUGCAGAGAGACGGAUAUUAGCGAACGCCCUUCAAGAUCCUGAUAACCAGUACUUUGUUUUACUUUCUGACAGCUGUGUGCCUCUAUAUCAUUUUGACUAUAUUUACACAUACCUGAUGCAUACAAAUAUCAGCUAUGUAGACUGCUUUAAGGAUCCUGGUCCUCACGGGAAUGGGAGGUACUCUGAGCGCAUGUUACCUGAAGUUGAGGCCAAAGACUUUAGAAAGGGUGCACAGUGGUUUUCUAUGAAGCGGCAGCAUGCUGUUAUAGUUAUGGCUGAUUACCUGUAUUACUCAAAAUUUCGAGCUUACUGUCAGCCGGGUUUCGAGGGGAGGAAUUGCAUUGCUGAUGAACAUUACUUGCCAACCUUCUUCCAGAUUGUUGAUCCUGGUGGAAUUGCAAACUGGUCACUAACCCAUGUUGACUGGUCUGAGAGAAAAUGGCACCCAAAAUCUUACAGGGCUGAGGAUGUUACUUAUGAGCUUUUGAAGAAUAUCACGUCUGUCGAUGUUAGUGUACACGUCACCAGUGAUGACAAGAAAGAAGUGCAAAGUUGGCCUUGCUUGUGGAACGGGAUGCAGAAACCAUGUUACCUAUUUGCUAGGAAAUUCACUCCUGAAACACUGGACACAGUGUUGCAUCUAUUUUCUAAUUAUUCAGCACCUUGAACUUGAAUCCUCUUCAGCUAGCUUGAUCGAUUCUUUGGUCAGAUAAGUUGUUGUUUUUGGCCCCAUAUUGGUUUCUCAUACGACAUGAGAGUUGUAAAUUGCAGCAUUAUUGAGGCUUGAUCGCCUGCCGGCCCCAGAUAUUAGGUGCAAGGUGUUUGGCAUUGCAGUUAGAGUGGCCUGAGACAUUGACAGGAGGCUAACGAUGUAGCGUUUCCUAGGGAAUUGUUGGAUGACCGAACUAAUAGUUUUAUAUUUAACAUGGUAAAUUUUGAGGGAAACAUAUCAGCUCGUCAUCUAAUGCUUGAUGAUCUUUUGUAAAACUUGCCUAGUAUUAAGUUGAAAAAGUACGACGCCUUAGUGUCUUGCUACUCGAGUUCAUUGCUCAAUUCUUAUGCUACACUAUUUGAUGCUAUUGCUAUAUAUUUUGCUGACACGAUCUCUUUGUCAGUGUUUUUCUA